AUGGUCUAUCUUACCUAUGGGGCUAUUGUGGUGGUUUUAUGGUUUGUCGGAACUUGUGUGUAUAAUGUAUUCUUCCAUCCUCUGAAGGCCAUCCCAGGCCCUUUUAUGGCUAAAAUAUCUCGAUGGUGGAUUUUUGGGCUCGAAAUGAGAGGGAAUCCUCACGUGGAGAUACUUGAUUUGCACCGAAAGUAUGGACCGAUGUUGAGGAUCUCACCCAACGAAGUCUCAACAAACGACCCGGAAGCCUCUAGCAUCAUUUACGGACAAACAUCGAAGUUCGAAAAGUCCAAGUACUUCUAUCGUGCUUUUGAAGACCAGGCUCCCAAUAUCUUCACAAUCCGCGACCGUCAGCAACACGCCAAGGACAAAAGUCUUAUCUCCCAUGCUUUCUCCAGGGCAAAUAUCAUUCAGCACGAGGGGUCCAUAUAUGACAAAGGCCAUUAUUUGAUGGAUCGUUUUACCCAAAGCGCAAAGGAUGGACAGAUAAUUCCACUCUUCCCAGCAUUCCGUUGCAUGACGCUGGAUACUAUUUCCGAGUUUGCUUUCGGAAAGCCUGCUGGUGCGUUACAGCUGGGAGAUUACAAGUCUGCUGUUUUUGAAGCCAUCGACAAGGCGACUAACUCGGUGCCGUUUUUCCAACACUUCCCCAUCCUGCGAGAAUUACUCCGAUGGGCGAGCUACUACAAUCUCAGUGCCGUUCCAAACGGAUUUUUGGAACUGGCACAGAUAUCCGAUUCAGGGUUCCAACAGAUGCAUACGACUGAGACUUGGACUAUGUUCAAGAACAUGAUGUCAGCCGCUGAGAAAAAGUCCAGGGAGUUGACCAAGGAGCACUUAAUCUCUGAAGCCAUUGUGAUGUUCGUUGCCGGAACAGACACAACCGCAGCUGCGCUGGCUAUCACUCUUCACCAUCUCCUUCAACAACCAGAUAUCUAUCGGAGACUUCAAGACGAAGUGCGGACUGUCAUGCCCACACUGGACUCUCGACCAACCGUCCCCGAACUGGAUGCCUUGCCAUUCCUCAAUGCGUGUGUCAAAGAAGGCCUCCGGAUCUCUUGUCCCAGUCGAACGCGACUCCCCCGGACUGUCCCUACUAAUGGAUGGAGCUUCGGAGGAUAUUACCUACCAGCUGGAACAGAAGUGAGUGCUACACCUUUAUAUGCCCUCUAUGAUGAGGUCAUGUUCCCUGCUCCUACCACCUAUACCCCAACGCGAUGGUUGGUCGACGAGGAUCAAAAGCGAGAGAUGUCGGCGUACUUCCAUCCUUUCUCGAGGGGAACGCGACAAUGUGUUGGACAAACUCUAUCACUCAUCGAGCAGAAAAUUGUCCUAUCGAUGUUUGUUCGCCGGUUCAACCCCCAAGAAGUUAUGAGGAAGAACCUCAACAUACAGGAGAGGAUUACUAUAGUACUAGAUGAUGAGGUUGAUGUGCGACUUGGCUUGGCGACGGACUAA